UGAAGUUGCACAAAAUGAGUGGUGGAAAUCUAAGAAUGAGCGACGCAGAAACUCUAAAAUUUUUGGAGUUGUAUAGAAAUGAACCUGUACUAUGGGACCCUACAAAUCGGGAUUAUAAAAAAAGGGACAGACGUGUUGCAGCAGCCCAAAGAAUAGCAGACACCUUAAAUUUACCAGGUUUUACACCACCUCAUGUAAUAACUAAAUUUAAAAAUUUACGCAGCUCGUACGCCCAAGAAUUGAAAAAAAUAUCUGGAAGUAAAAAAAGUGGAAUUUCUGCGGACGAUGUAUAUAUGCCAAAAGUAAUAUGGUUCAGAGAAAUGGACGCUUUUUUAAGGCCAUAUGUGAAGGCUAGAUCAACACAGUCCAAUUUGUCCAGUCAGUCCAGGGCAUCACAUGAAAUUAAGUUAUAUGACGAUGAAACUCAAGAUCCGCAAAUUGAACCCCACUUUCAAGAGGUGGAUGUAGCUACCGAUCCUGCACCGCAGCCGGGACCUUUAAAUGAAAGUAGAUGCCCUACCCAGGCAACAAAACAUUUUACCAAGCUUCAAUCUCCAAAUACAGCACGCACUGCUUCUGAAGCCAAGUUCAAAUCUACUACUAUCUCCAAUAACCCAGAAACGCCAUUAAAAAAACUGGAACGGAAGGAAAGGGUAUUGCAAAAAAAGCGUAAUGUAGAAAAUGAAACACUGGAGUUACUUAUGUCUGCAAUAGACAAAUUAGACAGAAUUUCUAAAAGAGCCACAGCUGAAAAAGAGGACAAUUUUGAUUAUUUUGGAAAGUACAUAGCCUCUCUCUUACGAACUCUUCCAAUUCAACAGGCUUUGUCGCUACAACAAGAAAUGAUAACCCUUGCUCUAAAUGCCCACCGCUCAAUUUCAGCGCCAGCGCCAUCGCCAUUAUCACCGUCAAACGACCAGUCUCAAGGUGAUGAUUUUUCACCUCAAAGUGAGGAUACUUGGAUCAGCGAGCUGUCUACUGCAAUGGACACUUACAACUAA